GAGCAACAUGGAGGUGACACACUGACUCUGGACGCUGCUGAAAUCCCUGCCGCGCCACAGUGCGCCACUCACAUAGUUUAACAUUAAAUAACAUCAUAUUUAUCCCAAAUCGUUAACCAUUACAUAGGCUGCUACGCAUAUUCUGGAUCUUGAAAUAGACUCUGACUAAGCUCACGCUAUUUAACGUGCACGCGCAGUGUGCGAUACCUACAAGUUGUGCAACCCCCUUGAAGCACCCGGCUAGCCUUUCAAGCUGCAAGUCAUCUUAAAGCCCCUUGGAAGUUUGUUGAGGGGGUUCUGGACCGACAGAAAUUAGGAGCAGUGUACACAUUCAGUACACUCACUGGCUUGCUAUGAUGGUAAAUGGUGGCGACAUUGGUGUCCGUCGCAUGCGAGGUGUACAAUGGCGGCGCUCAGCCUCGGGCACGACUGGUCUUGAAAGGUGGGCAGACAGAGUUUGAGAUCUUUAGGACACUAAUUGGGUGAGCCAGCUGAGGCUGCGACAAAUGCACCACCACCCACGGCAAUGACGCGUCACAUGGCAUCACCACGGGACACAGACAAACCCCAGACCGGAAAAGCAUUAAAGGAAAUAUGUUGCUUGGUGAGCAUGAUCAGUCAAUAAGCCUCAAGAGAAGCUUGUUUGAUGUGGAGCCGAGGAAGAAGAGGUUUGGCAGAGAGAUGACUCAACGUCAACAGAAAGACUCAUGACUGUCAGGACAGCUCUUCAGUGAGAGCUGUACAGGAGCUGGACGUGAUCUAAAGGAGAGAUGGCAGAUUGUCCAGAUGAAAACACAGCAUUGAUUAAUAACAAACCUCACAAAAUCAGAAAUAGAAGGCUUUUCCUUGCUGUGUUUUCAGCUGUUUUGGGAAAUUUCAAUUAUGGUUUUGCUCUGGUUUUCCCUUCCCCUGUGAUUCCUCAACUUAAACUGGAGGAUGAUCUUCAACUGCGAUUGAAAGUCCCACAGAUAUCAUGGUUUGGUUCAAUUUUCACCCUUGGUGCAGCUUUAGGUGGUCUCAGCGUUAUGAUAUUGAAUGACAAAAUUGGAAGGAAGCUGAGCAUCAUGGUGUCUGCUGUGCCAUCCGUUGUAGGUCUCCUUGUGAUGGGAGCCGCACAAAACUUUUGGAUGUUAUUAUGGGGACGAUUUCUGACGGGCAUCGCUGGUGGUAUGACUGCUGGAUCAAUUCCUGUCUAUGUGUCAGAGAUUUCUCACCCAUCUGUGAGGGGAGCUUUGGGUUCAUGUUCUCAGAUCACAGCUGUCAUUGGAUGUCUAGCACUUUACGCUCUUGGUUUGGUUUUGCCGUGGAGGUGGUUGGCCGUGGCUGGAGAGGUUCCUGUUGUUAUCAUGUUAAUUUUGCUUUGCUUCAUGCCAACCUCUCCACGUUACCUCAUAAUGAAAGGGAACCGACCGAAAGCGAUUCGAUCACUAGAAUGGCUCAGGGGACCUAAUUCAGGUUACAUGAAUGAGUUAGAGAAGAUUGAACGAAGUCUCAACUCACAGAGAAUUCAAUGGAGUGAUCUUAGAAUGCCGUUAUACUAUAAACCGAUCCUAAUAUCGGUCUUCAUGAGAUUCCUAAUGCAGGUGACGGGCAUAACACCAAUUCUGGUUUAUCUAGAGCCCAUCUUCCACCUGACCGAUAUAUCACUGAAACCAAAAUAUGACGCGGCAUUAGUAGGAGCUGUAAGACUGAUUUCUGUCACUAUCGCUGCUAGUUUGAUGGACAAAGCAGGUCGAAAAGCUCUACUAUUUACAUCAGGAUUUUUGAUGUUUCUGGCCAUGCUCACAAUGACCAUGUACACCCACAAAACACCUUGCACCCAAGGCAAUCUCACCCUAAUAAAUGUCAUAAAUGAUAACCAUGGAGCGUCAGAGGAUCCUGCAUUCGAUCCAAUCACUCUCAUCCCUCUCAUUAGCAUGAUGGUCCUCAUAUUUGGUUAUGCUAUGGGUUGGGGUCCCAUCACAUGGCUGUUAAUGUCUGAAAUUUUGCCUUUGGGUGCGCGCGGAAUCGCAUCUGGUUUGUGUGUUGGUGUGAGUUGGAUCACAGGCUUCAUUCUGACGCAAUUCUUCAUGAACGUGGUGCAUGCCUAUGGACUCUAUGUACCUUUCCUGUUCUUCAGUAUCAUCACAGUAGUGAGCAUUAUUUUCACGGCUAAAUGUGUGCCAGAAACGAAAGGCCGAACUCUGGAGGAAAUCGAGAACUUUUUCAGGACUGGUCGAAGCUUUACCAUUCUUGAUUCUUAAAUUAAGUUUUGUGGCAAUGAAGUCCAGGAUGAUGUUGUCUAUAUUAUACAAUAAUCACCAGAAAGUCAUUCAAAUCAAUUCUAUAUUGACCCGGGUUGAUUGAUGAAAAAAUAUUUGCUUAGCACUGUACUUAAAACUAUUUAGCACAGUAAAACUUUUAUUAUUGUCCUUUUUACUCCUGGCAUUUAUUAUUAAAUUACAUUUUAACUUC